CAAUACACGACUUAGCAGUGCACUACUUUGAGUUGAGUGGACACGAAGUUGACUGAACGGUCUCUUUGUGCGCCCCCCAGCACUGUGGAGCGUCGUGUGAUAAUAACAAAACAGGCGUCUCAAUGUGCGGCGCGAAGCAUUCUAUAAAUCGGGCAGCCAGCAAGCCUCCCACCGCCAGCCAGCCUGCGUAGGACAUUUCCGCACACGCAGGUCAGCUGAUCAAGACACGCGGAAAGCACCAACUAACUGAACUCGGCAAAAAAAAAAAGUCACCGCACACAGUCCGCAUUAACUUUUAGUCGCAUCACGGACCCACAACACACGAUUGGCAGCCUUGUCCGGCGUGAACGGAUCUUCGCAUUUAUCAUUAGACUGACUGACAGAGAGAGCGAGAGUAACACGCGGCUGCUGGACUGUCAUUCCGACUAGAGGUGAUGGCGUGCAGGGAGUCGCCGGUGGCUUUGAAUGGAACUCAUAUUUCCUACAUUGGACACGAUUGUAAGGACAUCCCAGACUUCCUUGGGGCCUCUUUUGGAGAUUUUGCAAGAAGGCUGGACUUGAGCUUCAAUCAGCUCAGGUCCCUGGCAGGCCUCAAAACGUUCACUGAGCUGGAAGAGCUGGUCGUCGACAACAAUCUGCUUGGGAAUGACCUCCGGUUGCCCAGGUUACCGAACCUGCACACCUUGACGCUCAAUAAGAACAAACUGACUGAUAUUGAGGCCCUGCUGGAGCACUUGGCUGACGUGACCCCGUCGCUGGAGUACCUCAGUUUGCUGGGCAAUGAGGCCUGCCCCAACCAGCUGGUCAGCCUGGAUAAAGAUGAGGAUGACUACCAGAGAUACAGGUAUUUUGUUCUGCACAAACUGCCGCAGCUGAAGUUUCUGGACACCAGGAAAGUUACCAGAAAAGAAGCGAUAGAGGCCCAGGCGAGAGGAGCAUUCAUGAAGGUGGUCAAGCCCAAAUCGGAUGGCCCGCCGAACGAAGCUGGAUUUGAGAACCGCCCUCUGCCCUACACUCCCCUACCCCGAGGAUCCAGAGAUGCUUCAAACCACAAAGGUGUCUUCACCAAAUGCCGCUACAUCUACUACGGCAAGCAGUCCGAAGGCAACAGAUUCAUCCAAAACGACCAACUUUGAUGGCGCUGCCGCGUCCGGGAACACGUGGGACAUUGGAGAACAUGGCUGAUAAGGCACGGGAAAGAGAAAUAAUGUCAUUAUUUCUGUUGCUGGUCCCUCUCUGUGGAAUGACCUUCCACUGAACAUUCGGCAAG